AUGGCCGGAUACAGUAUUUUUGCCUUGAUGCUGAUCGCGUCUGCAUCAGGACUGCCCCAGGAGGUCAGCGUCACGCCCACAGCGCAAGCGAAGCCCAAGCCAACGCCCGCCCAGCGCACCGUCGGUUCGCCCUUGCCUCUCGCCCUGCCGCAGAACCACUACUACCCGGGUAUGGACGGAAUGAACCCGAAUGUGCCUUACCCUCUGUCCUUCCGCCUGACCAACGGGAUCGGGAAUGCCCUCCAGGCCACGGAGUUUCACCUCGGGGGCGUUCCUCUGCCCAGGAAUCAGCAGCCCAUGGGCUCGUCCGCUUCUCUCGGCUCCGCUGCCCGUGCUCCGUUUGCUCCAGCAGUCCAUAUGGGUGCUCACUGCCCCUGCUCCCCUCGCGCCCAGCUGCCCCCUGCUCCCCUCGCGCCAGCUGCCCCAGCUCCCCUCCUCGCUCCCCUUGCGCCCAGCUCCCCUGCGCCAAUCGCUCCCCUGCGCAAACCAGCUCCCCUCGCGCCAAUCGCACCAGCUCCCCUUAAGCCAAUCGCCCCAGCUCCCCUCGCCCCAGCUGCCUCUGCCCCAAUCGCCCCAGCUCCCUCUGCCCCAAUCGCCCCAGCUGGCUAUAACCCGACCCUCCAGCAGCUCCAGCAGACGCUCGCCCCCACGGUAGUCUCUCCCUCUAUCGUCCCCAAAGCGAACGCCCUCACCAAGACCGUGCACGCGUCCUCCACAGCGCCCAUGAUGGUCCUGAACCUCCAAGAAUUAAUGAAGCAAGGAACGACGAGCGGCACCUCCCCGCACCUGCCCUUCAUUGUGAUCGUCCCCAAGGACUUCGCUCUGCAAAACCCAGCGCCAAAAGUAGCGCCAAAAGUAGCGUUAAAAGCAGCGCCAAAGGUAGCGUCACCCGCAGUCAGACCGCAGAGAUCCGUCACUCCGUCCGUCUAUCGCACCGAUGCUAGGCUUCCGACGGUACUGCAGCAGAUCCUAGCAGCCACAAACCAGGCGGUUCCCCAGCGGCCAGAAAGAAGUUACGUUUUCACUGCGUUGUCCCAAUGAAGUGGAAUAUAGUUUAGUUGGUGUUCUUGUUAUUCAAAUUACUAUUGUGAUGAAAUAAA